GUUACGGCUUGACACUUAGCUUGAGCUAACAAGCUAGCAGCAGCAGCGUCGUUCUCAGAACUAUCCUCUCAACAUGUCGGCCAACGUUCCAGAAGGCUCUGCUGCCGGCUCAAGCAACAAGCGCAUGCAGCAGACCCAGGCCCAGGUGGAUGAGGUGGUGGACAUCAUGCGCGUUAAUGUGGACAAAGUACUGGAACGUGACCAAAAGCUGUCUGAGCUGGACGACAGAGCAGACGCACUGCAGGCCGGAGCCUCCCAGUUUGAGACCAGUGCCGCUAAGCUGAAGAGGAAGUACUGGUGGAAGAACAUCAAGAUGUGGGCCAUCCUCAUAGCUGUCAUAGUGAUCAUCAUCAUCAUCAUUAUUAUUUGGAGUCAAUCGUAAAACAACAAUGGUGGAGGGAGGAGUGGAGGAAACAAUGAAGACGAGGAGAGGAGCAACGUUGAUAAAUGAGGAAGAGGUCAAGUGAUUACUUGCUACUGAGCUCCACAAUAUUCUGCCCCUCCCCCGGCGGCGGGGCUUCAUUCCUUGUCCUGGAUUGCCCUGUGUCUGUGUGUGUGUGUUUGUGUGUGUACAUACCAGACAUCAGUAAACUUUUAUAUGAGUGCGAUGCCAAAGAAAGCAGAAAGAUACAUACAGAAACAAGCCGGUAAUUUGACUCAAACAACAAAAACAUUACUGAAUAUAAAUAAAUCCCCUUUUGACCGUAUGACAAAGUACUCGCGCACACACACACACACUCACGUUCCAAACUCAGGACUAGAAUUGAAGAAUAUUGGUGUAAAUUCUCCUACACUUAUAUUUACUUGUUAUCUUUUACUGUAUUAAUAGUCGUGAUUUUGCUUGCCAGGUUAAGAUAAGUGCCUUUGUUUUUUUUUGUUUGUCCAUUUAGAUUCUAACAGUUGUUCUGCAUUAAAAUGUAGAUAUGCCCCUUUUUCAACUCCAACUGAACAUUUCUGCUUUUCAGCAUAUAAUGCCAAUAUUUUAGAUAUAUAUCCGAAUUUUUAAAUAUAAUUGGGUUUGUUGUUUUUCACGUCAUUUACAGUUUUCUGAUGAAUAAUGGAAUUUAAGAUCCAAUUUUAUUCAUGCACAUGGUUGAGUGCUUUUUGAGUUCUCUGUAUAAUACCUCAAACCUAGGGUGGAAUAAAAAGCAAUUUGUUUCCCCACCCCCAACAAAAAAAACGAGCUGUUAACACGCUGUUGAACCAUUUCAUACAACCUGUCCUUGUCGCCCUAUUCAGCCGUUUUCAGACAUGAACUGACUUUGUCUUUCACAAAUGAAGAACACAGCAGAAGAUUGUGAGGGUCAGACACAUUCAAAACAACUGGCAAAAUUCCCAAGCGUUCAGACGAGGGGGGGCACCUAGGUAGAGCAUGCAAGAGGCAUGAAAUGAUGUAUAAAUUUCGCUGUGGAGGGUCUUCUAUGUGUAUGUCACCUCUUAUUCAUCCUGACAUAUUUGAACUCUUGUUUUUUUCCCAGUUUUUCCAGUUGCAGGUUAGAAUUGUAACUUACAUGUCCUCCUCACUCUGAAUUUUCCGCACGUCUACCUGCUGUACUCUAACAAGGGCUCAGUUGGACAUUCUCUGGAGUUUUUAAUUGGGAACUGGCAGGAAAAGUUCAGCAAAAUUUUCAAAAACAACUGACUGACAAUUGCUUCCUCACGUCCAUCCCCUCUAGACAAUUUCAGGAGAAUGUCCAGAGUUCAGUGCAUGUCUGAAAGCAGCAUUUGAGAAAGGACUACUUCACAUUAUAAGCUAGCAUGAGCUUGCCUUAAGACCAUGUGCCUUUAUGCUAAAACAACAACCUCACAGCCAGACGAUGGCAAGAUACACUGCCAUACCCACAAAAGUGGGUGCUCUCUAAGACGUGCCAGAAAGUUUUUCUUCGUAUAUUCAAGCACAGUAAGGAGCAUGUAGUUUCAGACGGAUGCCUUAAUCAGUUUCACUGGAUAACAGCCAACACUACAGCCAUACCUUAUUGACUGUACUUACCUGUCAGUCAAGGAGUGUAGGAGCUUCUGAAUGCUCUGACUGUCCUGACAAAUACUGUGCUGUUUGCAUCAAUCAGCUUGGCUUAUUAACCUUUAAUCAGUCAGGCAUUUGUCCCUCCCCAUCAAUACAGAACACUCCCUAUGUUUGAUAGUUAGGUUUUAUUAUCCAUUGUGUUUUGUGCCAAGUCCUUAUAUAGAACUUAGCUUGAUGCUCACCUCACUCUCAAGCAUCAUGGGUGUUUGAGUGUAAUAAAGAAGUUCAUCACUGGACGAUCACUUUUCCUGCUUCCAUCUUUUUGAUAACUGUGCUUUAAUGAGACAAACUAUUUUGGAUUACUUGUACAUUGCAUUUCAUCAAAGUAGAACUGCUGAUGUUGGGCUUUUCAGUAGUUUUUAAGACAUCAGUAAGUCAUAGUGCUUGCAUGAUGCAAGACAUAUGAAAUUCUCAUCAUCCUCUUUUGUCUUCAUAAGAAAUUGGAGGCAAAGUUAUUUCCUGAAUAAGUGCAAUUCUACUCGUUGACCCAGAAUGCCUUUUGCUUGAAUAAAAUAGAUUUAACUUAAAUCACAA